AUGCUCAGAGUGGAAAUCAGAACAGACUCGGACGAGGAAGAAAUCUCCAUUGGCACAUACAAGCUUAAUACAUGUAUCUCUAACUCCAUUCACGUCUGCGAAUUCUUUAGCCCCACACUUCGACAAUAUGAGGGGUAUGUGACCUUGGACAGCAUUGAGGAUGUCGAGAGAUUUGAAUACAAGACCCAAAGCUGGGAAAUAGAACAGGAGUACUGCAGUGAGGAAAGACUGCCCAGUAGGAAGUACUUGCAUCUCUGGGAGGGCAUCGUGUAUGACGAGAAGGAGAAGUAUGAGCUUUUUGAAAAAAUACUCAAAAUAGAAAACGCAUCAAAAAAGGUACGGGAAUUAUUUGGAAUAAACAAAUGCGUGCUGAUACAUGGCAAGCCUGGGACAGGAAAGUCGUCAUUGAGUAAAGCUGUUGUGCAAAAGUUGGCCAUAAGAAGGAACAAGGUAUAUACGCUGAGAAGGAUUAGAUGCUCGCAGCUGUUCAGUCGAUUCUAUGGCGAGUCUAUGAAAAUUCUUGAAAAGACAUUGAAGGAAUGCGAGGAAAAUACAGUUAUAUUGGUAGAUGAGGCCGAUUCAAUUUUGAUGAACCGGUCAAACCUAUUUUCCAGAAAUGAGCCGGGAGACUCUCUGAGGAUUGUUAACACGCUGUUGAAUAUUUUGGAUAAGUCUGAAAACCUACUCAUUUUUACAACUAAUUUCAAAGAAGAGCUUGAUGAGGCAUUUCUAAGUCGUUGUGAUGUUCUCUUCGAAAUGAAAAGCCUUAAGCAUGAGCAUGUCUAUUUUCUCCUAAAAGGAGUAUUCGAGAAGAUUCAGGAUUUUCAGCUUUUUAAUUACUUCCAAUUUUCAGAAUUUUCAAGCGUCAAGAUUUGCGGAAGUCUUGUAGAUGAGAAUAGCCUUUUGUUAUUUGAAAUAGCUAAGAAAAUCGAAAAUAUGAGUCCUAGGCAGAUAAAGAAACUUGUGUUUGGAAUAUUGGAGGAUAGAAAAGUCGAUGUCUCAUUGGCUGUUAAAAAGCUUAGAAGCUUGGUGGAUCAAAUAAGCUUAGCAGCUAACAUUAAAACCAAAUGA